GUCACACAAGGCCAGCUCUUCCUUUCUCAUCCAAUUCAUGGUCUUUUAGAGAUUCAUACACGUCCUCUAUAAUUGCUUUAUUACCCCCAAGUAUUCCUAAUAUAACGAGCCCUGUCCUAGCGAUCGACAAUUCUUACUCCAAAGUAGCAACACUGUCAGGUGACCACGCUAUCCCCACACCAUGAUAUCAGAAUCGCUGCGAAGCAUCUACCAGCAAUACAAGCACGACACCGAUGUGGUUGCGUCAUGGCUAGCAACAACAGCCAAAGCUCACGGUUAUUCGAAGCCCCUGGGCUCUCAAACAUCGGCAUCCGCGUCCGCAACGCCCAACAAACCAUCAGCAAGAAAGAAAGGUAAGGCACGCAAAGAAGCGAAGAAAGCGAAUCCUCCUCUAGCAUCGACUCCCUCGAUCCCAUCCACGGACCAGCCGUCUAAGCCCAAGUAUAUGCUCGCCAUCAGGGACUUCGUGCCUCUAGCCGAGCACAUCGCCGGCCUCGAAGAUGCCGCACUCAAAGUUCCGCAUUUCUUUGAAGUUGCAUUGGAAAGAGCCAUCUGGGUUCGGAGUUCCUUCUCCGAGAAACUGGCUGCAGCGGGAAAGACGCCAGAGAUACCUAUUUGGUUCUCAUUCGCAGCACAAAUCUAUCUAGACACCCUGAACACCGUGAAGAUCGGCCGCGGCUGGGACGACAUGCGGCGCGUAAUAGCCAGAAUGAAACCGUACGCGGCCGAGUACCCUCGCGCAUGUCCGAAGCUAAAAGAGGUCCUGGACAAUAUCUCCCAGUGUAUAAUGAUGGACCCCUUUGCCAUGAUCGCGCAAAUGACCGGUAACUCGUACAAAGCAUACAAGUUCUUCAGCCGCCACCCGCAGCACUGCGGGCUCUGGAUCCAUUGCGUGCGCAACCUCUUCCACAGCCACGCCAUAGAAUAUGCCGCUGUCCCGGGCGGCGUCAUGUACACAACGCAGCUAUACCACGCGCUCCGGCAGGAAGGCCUGCUUGGUGAGCAGCGGUGGGAGGAUCUCGAAACGCUGUGGAAAAUGCAAGGCGAUUCUACGUACUUCUUUGGCGAGCCGCCGACGACGUUCGAGGGAUACUGGAAGAAUUACUGUCUAGCUAUGGGGUUUUCGGCAACGAGCUUUGCGGCGAACAGACGCGGUAAGGGAGUCAAGACGAACAAGGGUAAUCUGCGCGAAAUGAAGUUCAAGGGUAUCACGUCCAGGCUGAUCCUGCCGCGCAUUGCGACGGACGGCGAUCACCGCCUUCUCACCCCGGACACCGUGGAAGAGUGGAUAUCCCAAGGCGCCGAGGGACGAAGCCACCACUCCUCCUCGCCGUCCACCACAGACCUUCCUCCUUCUUCUUCCAAAGACAAAAAGCACUUCACCCCGCUCCUCCACCGCCUCGCCGCCGCCAUCGCCUCCGAAAUCCCCGACGUAACCUUCGACUACUUCACCAUGCACGACAACUGCUGGGCCGUGCUGCUCCUCAUCAAAGCUGAAAUCGACAAGAUGCAAGGUCCUACAUGGAGUCAGCAGUACAAAGUCGACGGGCAGAACCUGCCGUUCGUCGUUGGUGUGGCAUUUUCGGCCGCGGCGGGCAAGCUGGAUGUCGAGCGGGAUAUCUCGCCGUCGAUGGAUCUGUUGCAAGGGGAAGCAAAGGUGCUGCAGCGCUGGUUGGAGGAGGGGAAUGGGAGUGUGAUUGCGGAGGCGGCGGGGAGGGAGGUGCAGAUGGAGGAGCUGGGGGGUAUGGGGGAUCUUGCUGAGGGGAGGGAGGAGGGGUGUGCGCCGCAGUGA